CAUUGUCUUUUAAAAGAAAUUCAACUACUGAUCAUCAAAUCGUACAUAAGAACAUUAAUAAUUUAAUUCGACAUAUUGAUAAUCCUGAACAACAAGAUAGAGUAAAAACUCUUCUUAAUCAAUAUGCAAAAUUAUUUGACACAAGUAAAUUAACAGUUGCUAGUAAUGUAACACAUCAUGCUAUUAAAACGCUUGACCAUCCUCCACCAGUAUCUAAACCAUAUUAUUCUACUUCAAGUAAACAAGAAGAAAUGUAUAAAAUAGUACAAGAAUUAUUGCAUUUCGGAUUAAUUCGUCCAUCUGAUUCUCCAUAUGCAGCACCAGCAUUACUGAUAGCUAAGCAAGAUGGUACAUGGAGAAUGGUAGUUGAUUAUAAGAAAUUAUAUAAUAUUACUAUUAAAUAUAAUCAUCCAUUACCUAAUAUGGAACAAGCAAUACAAUUAUUAGGUGGUGGCUAUAAUUUUUUUUCUAAACUUGACAUGAAGAGUGGAUUUUGGCAACUCCCAAUUAAAGAAGAAGACAAAUUUAAAACUGCAUUUAUUACUCCCGAUGGUCUUUUCGAAUGGAAUGUGCUAGCUCAAGGUCUUAAGAAUAGUCCACCAUCUUUUCAACGAGUAAUGACUGAUAUAUUAUCAACAUGUCGGGAAUUCUCGUUGGUUUAUAUUGAUGAUAUUGUGGUAUAUUCUCGUUCAUUUGAAGAACAUCUCAACCAUCUCACACAAGUAUUAUCUGCUCUAUCAAAACAUAAUUUUCAACUUAACCCGGUCAAAUAUACUAUUUUCCACCAGCAAAUUGAUUAUUUAUCUCAUACGAUAUCUGAACAUGGUGUUAAACCAACCAAUGAAAAAAUUCAAGCAAUUAUUAAAUUACGUCAACCUACUAAAUUAGCUGAAGCAAAUAAAUUUUUAGGCGCUCUUUCAUGGUAUCGCAAAUUUAUACCCAAAUUUGCAGCAAUUGCCGCACCUAUUCAUGCUGUAACCAACUUAACAAAAACAAAUAAGCACAAAUUUAAAUGGGGUGCUUCUCAAUCUCAGGCAUUUUCACAACUGAAACAAUUAUUAAUUACCUUCCCAUUAUUUCUUGAUUUUCCAGAUGAUAAUUAUCCUGUUAUAUUAACAACUGAUGCAUCAAAAACUGGCAUUGGUGGUACAUUACAACAGAAUAUUAAUGGUGAAAUAAAAAAUUUAUAUUAUCAUUCUCAAGUUACAUCUCCUACUAAACGACGAUAUGAUCCUAUUGAAUUAGAAGCAUUAGCUAUAUGGUUAUGUU